CGCUAACUAAACGCAAAGAAGGGACUCAGACAUCAAUAACAUCUCGCUCAUCAAUAAGACAUUUUGAUGGAGUUAGACUGCUUAAUUAAAUAGGUUGCCUUGACGGAAUUAGGCUCUCUGAAUUCAUAAUAUUUAAUCUAAUGAUCCCCCCAUGGAGAACAUCUGAAGGAGGACUUCUCAGCAUCUCCAUCCACAGGAAAGCGGCUCGUGCAGACACACAAUAACACUUGGAGAUUUCUUAUCUUUCAGUGAUGGCUAUCAACACUGAUGCUGCCUUCGGGAAAAGCGCCCUCGGCGAGAGGGAAGUUUCAAACCCCACCGACUUCCAGGACACGGAGAAGCUGCUGAGCACCACGAUCAACGAGCCCACUGGACAGACUAACAUCAAGCCGUCCGACUCCUUCUCGCUCACCAUCAGAGGCAGCGUCCGCUCCCUGGACUCAGACCAGAACGGACACAGAUCACCGCUAAAGUCGGGCUCCAUCGGGCAUCUUACGGCCCCACCCAAGUCCCCGUCCCGGCUCAGCUUGGGUCCGCUGCCCUCACCGUUGCCACCCGGGUCCACACCCCGGAGUUACCUCUGGCUCGCAGUGUUGUCCUGUUUUUGCCCUGCUGUGCCGCUCAAUAUAUGUGCCUUGUGGUAUGCACAUGUGUCCAGGUCUGUUUUCCUAACAGGAGACAUUGAAGGAGCAAGGAAGUACGGGCGCCUGUCCAUGCUGCUCAGCUGUCUAGCAAUGCUGCUGGGUGUGGCUGUCAUCAUCUUCAUAGUGUUAACAAUAGAGAUCCAGCAGUGAUCUAAGUGAUGGAAGGAGUCGCACAACAGGCUCCUUAAACAUCAUCUGAUCACCAAUUUGCACAGAAGAGAGAGGAGGAAAAAAAUGUCGUUUUGAAGAUGACAAGCACAAAAUGUAAAUAUCUGAAAACAAACUGACAAGACACUGACAUACAAUACAUUGUUUUUUUUGUUUUUUUGCUACAGACCAAAGAAAGAAAAGGAAAGAAUUUCCAGGCUGUUUCUCUUUUUUUUCUGGACAACACUCAUCCCACAACUCAGGAAUAAUGGCUGAAAGAUGAAGAAUUCAUCAGCUGUGGUGUCAGAUCAUCAGACAACACAACCUGGGGAGAAAGUUUGAAGUGUUAAACUAGUGUUGCACUGAAGUAAACUCCUGUGCAGAGAUUUGGAUGGCACUUAAU